AUGCUGUGCGGCUGUGGUAUUAUCAUCAAGCUACCUCAAUGGUUCCGUCGAAAGGAAAGCGAGAAGAAGGACGAGGAGGCCGACGAAGUAACAGCGAGACCUCCAACAUACAUCAGUGCGAUUGAAGCAGUUCCCUCUCACGUCGACGAGGAUAGUCCGAUGGAAGGCAUCGCUGACGGUCCUGAUUUUUUGAGAUCCCAGACUCCAUCACCCGAAUCCUUGGGAAAAACUCAACGAGCAGACGAAAGAGAGGGUUAG